AUGAUCAGCACCAUACGGCGGGACUUGAUGAAAUUGCCACCCAUUGUCAUGCAACGCAAAGACUCGUAUGGCUCGCUGGAAACGGUCAAAGACUGCAACGUUCCCUGCAAAGUCAGCAUGGACACGUGCGCCAUUGCCGAUAAUGACAAUGCCAAGGGCGAAGUCUGUCUCCCCGAUAUUUCCGAUUGGACCGUCGAAGGAACCGAUUUCCACUUUCGCUAUUCCUGGUUGGAUCCCCGCCUCAAUCCCCAAGAAGUCGCCAUUUCACGAAAGGCGUAUCGGGAAAACUACUUUUACGUCACACGAUCCUUUCAAUCGGAAAUCCCCCUUUCGGCAUUUGAUUGGGAUCGAUACGGGGAAAUGAAGAAUGCUCGCGCGGACCUGUCUUUCACACCUCCGGGACCCGCGGCAUGGCCUUUUAUCCGACAGCCCGUGUCCGGACCCUCAAACACGGCAGGUGGGCGGGCCCGUCCAGGAGGCCUUCGAACCCCUUGA